CUUUAUGAAGAUGCGACACUAAACUUGUUUACUGGUAUUUGCUUCUGAUCGCUCAAGGUAGGCAACGGAAAAGUUGAAAGGGCGUGAUAUGGUAUAAAACUGCACAGCGCGAUCCAUAGUCAUCAGUUCACUUUCAUUCUCUGAACGCAAUCAUGCAAAAGCUCGUUCUCUGCUUGGCACUCUUUGCAGUGGCUUACGUCCACGCUCAGGAGGACAAAGAUGCCGUAAUUUUGAAUUCUGAACAGGAUGGACCCCACUUCGAUGGACAGUACAAAUACGGAUUCGACACGUCGAACAACAUCAAGGUUAGCGAGACAGUUUCCUACAGAACCAAUCCUCAGAGGAGCAAUGACGAGGAUGCCCUGAUCAAGGACGUCGGAGGCCGGUACAGCUACACGGACCCCAAGAGCGGCCAGACCUUCACUGUCACUUACACGGCAAACGAGAAUGGAUACCAGGCUACUGGCGACCAUCUGCCCACUCCGCCUCCCAUUCCUGCAAUCAUCGCUCGCGCCCUCGAGUUCACCAGGAACCAGCAGGCGAAAAAUGUCAAAGUUCUGUAAAUGAAAUCAUGUUCGAGUCGUCAUAAGCAUAAUAAUGUAAAAAUUGCACAAAAUAAACUUAAGCAUCACCAUAUUUAGAGAGCAUA